AAACCAUUCAACAUACAAUUAUUUGUUCGAGUUGUCAAAGAAGUUUUAUAAAACAAUAAAUAAUAUAAAAUUAAUUCACAACCAAAAGUGAAGAAAAAAAACCCACCAUUUCCGCCUCUCCUCUCCUCUUCUCUCAACUCUCCUGAACCAAAUGGAAUGAAAACCAAAGCCGCCAUUGGCACCCUGUCCUAAGGUCUGACUAUCGGAACCGGAGAAGGAAGCGCAUCCAAAAUCUCUCUCCGAUUCGUGAAAAUGUAUUCUCGCUAGAAAGGAAGAAAAGGUAGUAGAAUAGGAAGGAAAAUAUACAGACAAUAGGAUGAGGUCUUCUUCAGGACGAAUCAACAUUGCCGCGAGUGCUCAGAAACUCGUUGUCGAUAAUCGGAUUACUCUCCGUUACUACUACCGCAUCGCCGAUAACAUCCUCAAACAGGCUGACAUAUUUCGGGAAGAGGAGAAUAUUCUAGAUCUAUACAUAAUGUUGCUAAGGUUUUCAAGUUUGGUUUAUGAGACCAUACCAUGCCAUCGAGAUUAUGGGGCAUCUCCGCAGAGCAAAAAAGUACUUUUAAAAAAGAAAUUGCUGAAAACUUUGAAUGAGCUGGAGGAAUUGCAGCCAAUAGUGCAACAGAAGAUGGACGAAUCAAAGGGAAAGAUUACACAUAAAGUAAAUGGGUGGAACCAUGGCCAUCAAAAUGAUUCCACACUAGGGUGCUCUAAAACCUUGAUUAGUUAUAACAUAGCAAAGGCACCACAACCUGCUAUAAGAGAAAUCUCAUAUAAAGAUUUAAGGGCUCAGCAGUCCUCACAAGUUAGGCUCGUGGGAGAGCAACUCCAGAGAUUUUCACUAAGUAUCCCACGUCCAAGGGAGGAAACUCUCUCCAGACAUUCUAUUUUGGGUCCAAAUGGGCUUCGUGGGCAGUGGCAGCCUCCUAUCAUUGACAAAGGGGUCCAAUAUCCAAGCAAUAUAGACUUGAUUCCAGUUGAAAUCCCAAGCCUGCUCCACUCAGUAGAAGAUGGGCCAACAAUAAAUAAAGACUAUGGCAACUCUGACCAUGAAAAAUCUGAACAUGAAAAAUCACAUUUGGAAUCAAUACUUACGCUGGAUGAUGAUAAUCAGGCGCAUCGUGCUGUGGAACCUUGUUCCAUGAUUUCUUUUGAAACAGCUGAUAUUAUCAGACAACCUUCUCCUCCACCUGUACUUGCAGAUGUGCAAGAUUUGAUCCCCGCUCUGUCAACUCAGGUUCCUGAUGCAGAGUGUAAAAUGGAAAAGCCUCUGCCUGAUGGUUUAGUUCAUUCUGAAUCUCCUCUAGAAUUGCACAUUUCAACCACGAUGAUGGAGAGCUUCAUGAAGCUUGCUAAGUCAAACACUCAGAAGAAUUUAGAAACUUGUGGGGUUCUUGCUGGUUUGCUUAAAAACAGAAAAUUUUACAUCACUACUCUCAUAAUACCAAAGCAAGAAUCAACUUCAGAUACCUGUCAGACAACAAAUGAAGAGGAAAUAUUUGAAGUGCAAGAUAAGAAAUCUCUUUUUCCCUUAGGGUGGAUUCAUACACACCCUUCACAGUCUUGUUUUAUGUCAUCGGUUGAUCUCCACACUCAUUACUCAUAUCAGAUUAUGUUGCCAGAAGCUAUUGCAAUUGUCAUGGCACCAAGAGAUGCUUCCAGAACCCAUGGCAUUUUCCGGUUGACAGCCCCGGGUGGCAUGUCGGUGAUAAGGCAGUGCCAGCGGCGUGGCUUCCAUCCGCAUGACCCGCCUUCAGAUGGUGGGGCCAUCUACGCACACUGUACAGAUGUUUAUAUGAAUCCCGAUCUUAUGUUUGAUGUCAUUGAUCUGCGAUGAUCUCAGCUGUAACAUGUGGAAGAGUAAUUGAUCUAUCACACAUUUGUUCAUAUGCACAACACUGUAAUUCGUUUUACCCAUUUAAAUGGCAAUUAAAAUUGGUGGCGGCUGUAUAUCAUCUGCUGCCUUGCCUUCACUGA